CGUCGAUUUUCCUAAAUCCUCUCGCUCUGGCUCUUACAAGCGAAAUCAAAAUCUAUCAAUAGGUCGCCCAUCAAGAACAACAAUCAAAAAGUAGAAAUCAUCGAUUCAAAGUGGCAAACAUGAGCGACGAUGAGAUGGACAUGAGCGAUAAUGAGAAGACUACAGACCUUCUUAAUAAUGUUCGUUUAGCAUUCAUAAGCCAAAAAUCAACGUUUGCAUGUGCCGGGGCCAUCAAACUAAAGGAUCCCAUCCGUAUUUACUACGAAUCCAACUCACCCGACUCUGAGGAAUCAAAAACUAUCAGAACCGUGACCCUUCCGAAUAAUGACCUGAAGGAACUUGUCGAUUCAUGCCAACCAGCCACAUUCGGAGUAGGAAAGACAGAAGUCAUGGACGAAUCUUAUCGGAAAGCUUUAAAGAUGGAUGCCGACAAAUUUGCCAGUUCCUUCCAACUUUCCGAAACUGAUAUUCUACAUACUAUCAAAGAAGUACUCUUGCCCCAUUCUAAACACGCCUUACAAGCGGAACUCUACAAAUUGAACGUCUAUCAGGAAGGAGGCUUCUUCAAGUCACACAAGGACACACCUAGAGGCAACGGCAUGUUUGGAUCACUCGUACUUGUUCUGAAUCAACCAUACACAGGAGGGAACUUCGUCGUUCGACACAAAAAGCAGGUCCUGCAGUAUGGUAACGCUGCCAUACAGGAGGGUUAUAUUCAAUGGUUUGCGUUCUAUUCUGAUUGCACCCACAAAGUGGAAAAAGUCACAUCUGGCAAUCGAAUCACUCUGACUUACAAUCUCUACGAAGGCGACACUGUUGGGAUUGCAGAUAAAGUUUCACCCACUGAUGAAAAACUCCUUACGACAAUGGAAGAGCUUAUCCGUCAUGGAUUCAAAGGAACUAUUGGUUUCCCGUUGGAGCACAUUUACGUAGCCGGUUCUCCAAUGAAAGGUCGUGAUCUGGUGACUUUUAACACGAUCAAACUGUUAAAAAGGGAAUCGACAACUCCGGUAGUUGUUAAAAAGUAUCUGGUUGCAAAAGCAGAGGGUUGCGACGAAGACGAAGAUGAUACUUUCAUGUACAUUCCUUGGGGCGGUUUCAACGAUGGUCACGAAUUAUACGAACGGGAACCGGAUGCUUCAUACUUCAAGGAAUCCUAUAAAGCAAAAAGUUUCACCGUACAUUGGAUAUCUCAACCAAGUAAUUUUGGUUAUUCUGAUGUAGUGGCAGCUUAUGGAAACGAACCUUCGACGACCACACUCUAUUCUGCUGGAUGUGUAUUGGUGGAUAUCAAGUAAAGGAUCCCACCUUUGAGCACGAUCGUCCAUAUAUGGAUUCACAAUGUUUAUCGUUUCAUUGCAAUUCGUUAUACGUAUGACAUGCAUUCAAAUUUGAACAAACUGCUCUACAAAGAAACAAUGAUAUCUUGCUGUAUAUGGUGAAAAGCGCAGUGAAGCA